AUGGCGCUGGUCGUUAUCGUGAGGAACUUUCAAGGAUUGAAGUGCAAAGGAGAGAAGGUCGUCAAGGUCGACUUCCGGGGUGUUCCUCGUUACUCGAAAUGCCUGGAGGAAAGCGGAGAUCAUAUCGCUGUAGACGAGAGUUUCACCUGGAAUUUGGGAAGGCCGGUGGACGAGGGCGAGAUAUUGGAAUUAUGGGUGGUGUCGCGCGGAGUGUUGAGGAACGAAAAGAUGGUGGCCAAGUACGGGCUGGUUUUGCAGACGGUGGUGCGGGAAGGUCGAAUCGUCGUGACGGAUUCGUUAGUAGACCUGAAUAACAAACCGCUUCCGGCUGUCGUUUGCUUCGAAAUACGAUACAACCCCCCGGACGGAAGUUGCAGCUCGUACGCGGUGUCGGAAAUAAUGGAGGACGAGCAACAGAUGUUGAUCGACAUCGAGCAGAACAUCGCGAACCUCGAGAGGAGCCUCGAGCAAGCGACCAGCGGCACCAGCGGCACCAGCGGCACCAGCGGCGGCAAGAGGAAGGGCUCUUGGCAGAGCCCUGAGAAAACGUCGAAACGGGGCCUCUUACAAAGGGGUAGCUCGUUGCUGCCCGAAAAGUCAUCCGACCGCAAGAGCCGGAGCUCGACGUUAAGAUCCUUUAUGAAGCUGGGCAAGCAGAGACCGGCGAGAGCUCGAUCGUGCGACAGCGGCUCGGACACCGGCGGAUUGCUCGACAGGAGGGACUCGAGUUGCGCAACGUCUAACGAAUCCUCCAGGACCAAUUCGACGACUUCCCUGGAAACGAACGUCUCCGAGUGCGACAGCCAAGUCAGAGGGAACACGGACGAGUCUCAGGAAGCGAUUGCCAAACCGACCAACAAACCGAAACCGAAGACCACAGACACGGGGCAAGCCGCGUUGAAGGCGCAGGAUUUCCAAGUUUGCAUCACCGUUAUCGAGGCGAGACAGCUAGCUGGACUGAACAUGGACCCUGUCGUUUGCGUGCAGAUCGGAGAGCAACGAAAGUACACCAGCGUGAAAGAAUCUACCAACUGUCCGUAUUACAACGAGUACUUUGUCUUCGAUUUUCACAUGCCGCCCGUAAUGCUGUUCGAUAAAAUAAUCACCCUGUCGGUGCAGCAAUCGCGGAAUAUCUUACGCGCUAAUCUAACGCUGGGCAGCUUUAAGUUAGACAUCGCGACUGUGUGGGCACAACCAGAUCACCAAUUUUACCACAAAUGGGCGCUGCUGACGGACCCGGACGACGUGGCAGGUGGGCCGAAGGGUUAUUUGAAAUGCGACAUAAGCGUGAUCGGGAAGGGGGACUCGGUGAAGAUUCCGCCGAAGAGCGAGAAAGACGAGGACGAUAUCGAGGGGAAUCUGCUACUGCCGGACGGUGUGCCUAUCGAGCGGCAGCGGGCCAAGUUCAUCGUGAAGGUGUACAGAGCGGACGGUCUGCCGAAGAUGAACAGCAGCAUCAUGGCGAACGUGAAGAAGGCGUUUACGGGCGAGGUCAAGGAUCUCGUCGAUCCGUACGUUCAAGUGUCGUUCGCUGGAUUGACCGGGAAGACGAGCGUCAAGAGGAACAGUUACGCGCCAGUUUGGAACGAACAGAUCGUUUUCACGGAAAUGUUUCCACCCCUCUGUCAGCGGAUUAAAAUUCAGCUGUGCGACAACGACCCGGUUCACGCGACGGUGAUCGGUACGCAUUUCGUCGAUUUGAAGCAGAUCAGCAACGACGGCGAGAAGGGAUUUCUGCCCACCUUCGGUCCAGCUUUCGUUCACUUCUACGGAAGUAUCAGGGAUUACAGCCUGAUCGACCAACAUUCCACGCUGAACGCGGGACUCGGCGAGGGAAUCUCCUACAGAGCAAGAUUGUUGAUAGCAAUUAGAACGGAGAUAAGCGACAACGUUGAAAUGGCUCCGUCGGAGGUGGAGGUGGAGCCCGCGAUGCCCGUAAACGAAUCCGCUUACGCGAGGAACGAGGAGUUCUUCCUGUUCGCCACCAUAAUGGACGCGACGAUGAUCGACAGGAAGCUCGGCGAAAAACCGAUGUACUUGGAGUUGUCGAUAGGGAACGCGGGAAACGCUUUGGACGGUCACAACGAGAGCUCGAAAAUGUGCGAGAUGGGACCGAAGAGUGGCACGAGCGGAGACCAAGAGGAGCUGCAGGAGGUAUUGAGCGGAUCGUGGCAGAGCACUACUCCACCCUGCAAACCGAUGACCAGGGACAAAAUUUACUACUUUCUACCGUACUGGGACGAUAAACCGUGCCUUCACGUCCGCAGCAUCUGGCCGGACAACAGACGCAGGAUGUACAACAGCAAUAUAAUCAGCAAAAUCUCUGAUAAAUUGGAAGAAGGUUUGUCGGAGGCUCAACUGCACGCCGACGACUGUUCGGGCGAGAGAAUUUUACGGUCGACGCUGGAAGAAUUGAGCGGCAACUGCAAUCGAUACGUGGGCAUCGGUAAAUCGGGCCUGACAGGGCCGGGUGUUGGUAAAACGAAGCUCGACAAGGAAAGGGCGAAACUGUGCCAGAGAGAACUGGAGAACGUAGGGGUUAUGUCGAGGAAUCUGAGGGCUGUUGUGACAAAGAGCAGCUUCAAGGAAAGACUGAAGACGGCGCAAGGUUACUUGCACAAGUUGAAGUUCCUCGUCGAAGACCCUCAAGAUUCCCUGCCGGAUGUUUUCAUUUGGGUAAUCAGCUCUGGACGUCGAGUGGCUUAUCAAAGGAUACCCGGCAGAGAUCUAAUUUACUCGAUCGUCGACGAGGAGUGCGGGCGAUACUGUGGAAAAGUGCAAACCAUGUUUCUCAAACUUCCAGGGAAGAAGAGAUUCGGACCUUCGGGCUGGGCGAUACAGACGAAACUACGGAUUUACACGUGGCUAGGUAUACUGAAGCACAAGAAGUACUUUAGUCAAGGUUUACCAAAGGGGUACGAGGUCAGCAACGAGAUGAAGAACAUCGACAGACCACGCGCUCUGCCACCGACCAUCGUCCAUUACGUCGAUAAACACAAGUUCCAGCUACGAGCGCACAUGUAUCAGGCUCGGUCCUUGAUCGGCAGCGACGCGUCCGGUCUCUCCGAUCCGUUCGCCAGAGUGAUUUGCGGCGAGUUCUGCAAGUCGACGCAAGUGAUCGACGAGACUCUCAGCCCGACUUGGGACGAGCUUCUCCUCUUCGACGACGUCUUGAUCUACGGCACGGACGACGAAAUCAAAAAGGACCCACCCUCGAUCGUGGUCGAAAUCUUCGAUCAAGACAAAGUGUCAUUUUCUCUAACUAUCGACAUAACACUGCAUGAGGGCUCUGCUUUAACAGGCAAGUCGGAGUACAUAGGUCGAGCUGUCGCGCGACCUCACGUGAAACUCGCCACAGAGACUUACACGCCUCCGGAGUUUCCACCCUCCUUGGAAUGGUACGACGUGACGAGGGGUGCGGGAAGGGCUGGCGAGCUUCUCGCGAUUUUCGAAUUGCUCGAAUACCCAUCGAACAAGGAGUACGGCUUCCCCACGCUGCCAGAUCCGAAGGAAAUGCCGGUUCAAACGCCGACUUGCGCGCAGGAUCGAGGACCCAUCCUUCCGGUUCCUGUCGGCAUUCGGCCGACUCUGUCCAAGUACCGAAUCGAGGUUCUAUUCUGGGGCCUGAGGGACCUGAAGAGGGUCCACUUGAUGACCGUGGACAAGCCUCGCGUGGACGUGGAAUGCGCCGGUCACAUCCUCUACUCUUCGGUGAUAACGAACGCGAAGAAGAACCCGAAUUUCAACACGCCGGUCAAGCUGUUGGAGUUGGAGUUACCGGAACAGGAACUGUAUCGGCCACCGUUGUCCAUCAGGGCGGUGGAUUGCAGGAGCUUCGGUCGAUACACUCUCGUUGGAACGCACACGAUCAAUUCGAUACACAAGUACAUGUACUGUCCGCAAACCAAGAAGGCGAGUGAGGCCGAAGAGAGGGAGAGGAGUCUCUGUCAGUUGGAAUUGUACACGGGUUUCGAUACGUCGAAGAUCAAGUAUCAGCAGACCUCCUUCCACGAGUCUUUGGCCGAGCUGGCAGACACGAUUAUCACUCUGGGCUUGGAGCAAGGUUGGCCGACGAAGAGGGACAAAACGGAGCAGAACAUACGGAAGAAGCAGAGCUUGGCCAACGACGGGAGCACGGGAGAUCUCGGCGCGUCCGAGGACGGGGACGGUUGUCAAGACUGGUGGACCAAGUACUACGCCUCCGUGGAAGCAAUGAUAGAGGCGAACAAGGAGCUUCGUAGAGAGAAACCAAUGUUCCAGGCGCAAGCGAACGGCACGGUUCCAACCUUGGAGGAAAAUUACGCUCGUCAGAACCAAGCGAGUCCGAGAAAACUGUUCGGCCUAAAAUCGAGCGCGAACGCGGCAAGAUUCGUGUCGAAGCUCAGCCCCAAGCAGCCGACGUCGCACCUCCUCAGGAUUUACCCCAACGAAUUGGAAGCUCAGCCGGAAUUCGAACAGUUCAAGGAAUGGUUGCACACGUUCGAACUGUACCGGGGGAAGAAAAUUGGAGACGAGCCCGAGGACGAGUCGAGGAUAGUUGGAAGUUUCAAGGGGGCCUUGAAGGUUUACAAGUGGCCUCUUCCUAGAGACCUGACGGAGCACACGGUGAUGGGAUUCGAUCCGCAAUUUGGAUUCUUCCAAGGUGUACCUUCCAACGAACCGAUCCACGUCUUGGUUCGAGUGUACAUCGUGAAAGCGAACGAUCUUCAUCCCUGUGACCUGAACGGCAAGGCUGAUCCUUACGUCGUCCUGCAACUGGGCGGCAAAAGGAUCAGCGACAAGGAGAAUUACGUGUCGAAGCAGCUCAACCCAAUAUUCGGCAAGUGCUUCGAGAUAGAGGCAACUUUCCCGCAAGACUCCUUACUCACCGUUCAAGUGCUCGACUGGGACUUACUCGGCGCGGACGACAUGAUCGGCGAAACGAAGAUCGACCUCGAGAAUCGAUUCUACAGCAAGCAUCGUGCUACCUGCGGUCUGGCCAGAAACUACGACGAAUCUGGUUACAACAAAUGGAGGGACGCGAUGAAACCCACUCAGGUGUUGUCGAGGCUGUGCAAGGAGGGAAAGGUGGACGGGCCUGUGUAUUCGCACGGAAAAGUGACGAUAGGGAGGAAAACAUUUUGUUUGUCGAACGAGGAAAUGGAAUUUUACGUUCACACCAAAGGUAUGGAGGAGCACCUCGCGUUGGCUGUUCUUCAUCAGUGGCACGCUUUCCCGAAGAUCGGUUGCGCCUUGGUCCCCGAGCACGUCGAAACGCGUCCGCUUUACAAUCCCGAGAAGCCAGGAAUCGAGCAAGGGAAGCUGGAGAUGUGGGUGGACAUGUUCCCCAUGGAUAUGCCUUCGCCGGGACCUUCGAUCAAUAUUUCACCGAGGAAACCGAAGAGUUACGAGCUCAGAAUCGUGAUAUGGAACACCGACGACGUCGUGCUCGAAGACGACGCGUUCUUCACCGGUGAAAAGAUGAGCGACAUUUACGUCAAAGGAUGGUUGAAAGGUCCGGAGGAUUGCCAAUCCACCGAUAUCCAUUACCGGUCCCUAACGGGCGAAGGAAAUUUUAACUGGCGCUUCAUAUUUCCGUUCGAUUAUCUCGUAGCAGAGGAGAAGAUCGUUAUCAACCGGAAGGAGAGCCUUUUCAGCUGGGACGAGACUGAAUGCAAGAUACCGGCUCGUCUCGAAUUACAGGUCUGGGACGCGGAUCAUUUCUCGGCUGACGAUUUUCUCGGUGCUAUCACCCUCGACUUGAAUCGAUUUCCUCGCGGUGCGAAGAAUAGCAAGCUUUGCACCUUGAGCAUGUUGAAGACCGAUGGAUCUGUGCCAACUGUAAAUAUUUUCAAACAAAAACGAGUAAAAGGCUGGUGGCCGUUUUACGUGAAGAAGGAGAACGAAGACACGGAACUGACGGGUAAGGUAGAAGCUGAAAUUCAUUUAUUGACGAAAGAAGAGGCUGAGAAGAAUCCUGCGGGAUUCGGUAGAAAUGAACCGGAUCCGCUUGACAAACCAAAUCGACCAGACGCGUCUUUCAUGUGGUUCUUGAAUCCCUUGAAAUCCAUCAAGUACAUCGUGUGGCACAACUACAAAUGGGCAAUCCUAAAAGCUGUAGUAACAAUCGGAUUAAUAAUACUCAUAUUGUUGUUCUUUUAUGCAAUACCUGGUUACUCCGUUAAAAAGUUGCUGGGAGCUUAG